AUGAUAGUGCUAUCGAUAUGUGCAGUCACAUUAGUACAAGUAUUACAACAUCAUUUCCUUACUAUAGAUCAAAAAGUUCAGAAAAAAGUACGCGCUGCACUUCUUACGACAUCGAGCAAAAGUUCGACAAAGUUUGAAUCGAAGAAGGACAAUGUAAAAACAACGAAGUCCACAAAAAAGGAUCAAGAACCUCGGAAGAAAAGUGAUGGCAAGAUGCGUGCAAUAAAUUCUAUUCCGCGCAAAAUACUCAAAACAAAUCUUCCAGCAUCGCACAAAAGUUUAACUAACAAGGAAUCGCAAAUGAACGAUAUGGGGGCAGCGAAGUCAAAAAAGCAAGUGAAGGGGAAGAAAGAUAAAGUACCGAAAGGAAAUAUAAAAUCAGUGUUAAAAAACUUUCUCAAGAAGAGGAAAGGUGAAGCACCCAAAGAGAUUAUAACAAAUUCCAAGAAUAAAAAAGGAAAAGGCAAAGACGGUUUAAUGAACUCGAAACCAGUCCCAGUUCCCAGCGAACCUAAUCUUGCAACUUCUAAUACCAAUGAAGAUGAGAUCGGUUCACACAUGGGCGAUGUAGAAAAAUCUUCGAGUUGCAUGAAAAUCAUCAAGGUUCGAGAAGUUCAGACAGUUAAACAAAAGUCCCGUUCGAUGGAUAAAAUCUCAACCAAAGCACAUGAUUCACGACUUUCAACUUCGACUAAAAGGAAUCACAGAUGGACGGUUGAAGACAGUGAAGUCCACAAAAAAGGUGAAAAAUCGAACCGAACUCACAAAAUCACAGAAGUCAAAUGA